UAACAUUUAGGGGGAGUAAAAAUGCUGCCUAGCAAUAUUUGCCGUACGUGUGCCCUGCAAAACAGCAAUUUGCUGCCCCUCUCGACUUCCUUGGACAAGUACACGAAUAAAAGUUUCUAUGAUGUGCUCCAAGAGCUGACACAGAUCGACCCCCUGCUGGAGAAUGCUGACGACAAUCUGCCCCAACAUCUGUGCGCAGAUUGCUUGGACAGGCUGGAGAGCGCCUACGCCUUUGUGGAGCAGGCCAGAAAAGUCAAUGGAGAGCUGCUAGUGCGGCUGCGGGAAUGUCUGGAGGAGACCCCCAUUGACAUACCACAGCAGCAGAUUAAAACAGAGAUCGACAUUGACGAGGAGCAAAGAGAUUUUAGUGAUUCUGGAGAGGCACAGAGGUCGUCCGACGUGGAUGUGGAGUCGGCUGGCGUGUGCUCCGUCGAGCUGAAAUGGACGCCAGAAAGUGCCAGCGAGGAUGAGAAUGCCGCCGAUGCACUCUCAAACGAUGAAGCUGAUGAUUUGGAUGAGCAGCAGCCCUAUAUAUUGCGGCGAAGUCCCCGUAAAGUCAAGCUACAGGCAGACAGUGAAGAGGAGGUCAGUACUUCAACCAACAAGCGGCGACGUGGACGUCCUCCUGGUCUGGCCAAAAGCCAGUCAAGGAAUUCCGAAGGCCGUCAUGCUUGUGAGGUGUGUGGCAAAACGUUUUCCUGGUUCCGGGACAUGAAGCGUCACGCUCGCAUUCAUUACGAAAAGGCCUCGUUCGUCUGCGACACCUGUGGCAAGGGCUUUCUGCGCAAGGAUAAGUACACGUUCCAUCUGCGCUCCCACGAGAAGCGGGAGGCCAAGUGCCAGGCCCUCCAGCUGAAGAACGAGUGGAGAUACGCGGAGCGUUUGUACAGCUCCGGGCGACUGAAGAGAAUACAAUGCAAAUUGUGUGGCUUAAAGUGCCAGCGCAUGCAGGAGCUCCGAUCCCAUUUAGCGAGUCACGUCCGCGGGGAUAGUUUGUUUAGUCUGCGAGCGGACAACGAUGUGGUCAAAGAACAUUUUGCCAGUGUGCCAUUUGACCUGGAAAAGAUCAAGCAGCAAAUUUGCUCGGAAAUUGCCGACGGGCAGAUGGAAAAGUACUCUUCUGUGGUCAAUUUCCAUGGCUACGAGCUGUGCCUGAGCGAUUCUGACGAUGAGCCUGCCGGUGGAGACCCACCGUACCAUUGUGACCUGUGCAAUCUGUCGUACACACGCAAAUACCGCCUGAUGCGGCACACCCUGGAGGAGCACACCCAAUCGCCCAUUCCCCUGCGCUGCAACCUCUGCAAAGUGGGUUUUGUGUGUGCAAAGCUCUUUGAACAGCACCAGCGGACCCAGUGCCAGAGCAAAGUGAAGCGCUAUCGUUGCCGCAAGUGUCCGGGGAGGUUUAUGUGGCUGGAGAACCUUGAGCGGCAUGCCUGCUCCCAUCGCAAGGAGGAGCAGUCAUACAGGCAAAUCAUCUGUUGCUUGUGCGAUGCCCAGCUUCCCAGCUUAAGGCGGCUGCGCGCUCACCUGGCCACCCAUCGACAUGGAUUGAGUGGCAUUGAUCCGGAGCAGAAUUCUGCCUUCUUCCGUUCUUACUAUCCCAACGGAUUGGACAGCAGCCUCUCCGAGCUGAGCACCCGCAUAGCUGGGGACUAUGAGACCCAGGACUUUGGACGCUACUACAAUGCCUGCACGGGAAGUGGUCAAGAGCUGGAUCUCUUUGACUCCGACACGGAGGAGAGCGAUGCAGACGCAGACAAAACGGAGGAAAAGCCGAAUCCCUCCCACACCUGCCUCCUAUGUGGAGAGACUACCACUCGGCUGCUCAAGCUGCUGCAACAUCAAAGGAGACUUCACUCCGAAGAGGGCACCACGUACCCCCGCUCUUGCCAGGAUUGCGGCGCUGGCUUCGUCUCUGACCCUUUGCUUCAGCAACAUCGCAGACGUUCCUGUGCCAAAAAGCACUCGAAAUACCACUGCCAGCGAUGCAAUCUUCAUUUUGUGUGGCAAUCGAACUACGAGCAACACCUGCGAUUGUACCACGACAAGGAUGAGGAUCAGGAGCAGUCCGAGGACUGCCAGCAGGGUAGAAAACAUAAAUCUUCGGCCGCCAAGCUUCAGUGCGAUGAAUGUGAAAAGGUCUUCAUUUGGCACAAGGAUCUUACUCGUCACAAGCGGAUGCAUCGCCCCCCGUCGGCAGCCCAAUACGAGUGCGCCUUUUGCGACCGCAAGUUCCACCGCAAGGAUGGCCUCAAGUCCCACAUGCGGGUGCACAGCGAGCAGCAUCAGGAGACUGUGAAUGAGGAGCAGCCUUGCGUCCAAUCGAACUCUACGAACAGUAUUCAGAGAAUGCCAGGGGAGCAGCUGGCCCAACUAUGCCGUCCAAAUGGCUGCAAGCAAAUCCAGUGCAUGAUUUGCCUCUCACGCCACUCGAAGAUCUCCGAUCUGAGGAAUCACCUAAGCGCGCACCAAUAUAGCGUGUGCUUUCCACAGGAGAGAGAUAUUCCCAGUGCCUCGCUUUUGUUGUAUCCGGAGCUGGGCACUGCCCUGGAUAAACAAGAGCUGGCGGAUAGGAUCAUGAGCGAUGUGGCCGGCGGCUUGGAGUUGGAGCGUUUUAUUUCCAUAACCAACGAGGCUGGCCUUGAGCUCUCGCUGGAGAGCAGUGAAACGGAAACGGAUUCAGAGCAGGAGGAUGACGAGAGCUCCGAAGAAGCUGACCAGCAGCGGUACGCCUGCAACAUCUGCCAGGUGGAGGUGAGGCGAAAGCAUCAAUUGUAUGCCCACCAGCUGGAGCAACACCAGUGGGAGGAGGCUUCGCUUGUGUGUGCCCACUGUCAGGCGAGGUUCGUGAGUGAGACGCUGCUGGAGCAUCACUACAGAACCCUCUGCCGGAACCCGCAGAAGCGUUUCCAGUGCCGAAAGUGCCCGCUUCGGUUCCGCUGGCGGGAGAACCUGAAGCUGCACGCUAGUGCCUCGCAUCAGCAAAGAGAACAGCCGCCAGCUGCAGAGGAACCCAGCAUCCAGGCUGAGUUCGACCUCCAGUGCGGGGAGUGCAAUCGCAGCUUCAAGAUGCAGAAGGAUCUCACGCGGCACACGCUGAUGCAUGCCCAGGAAUCCAGCAUAUAUCGCUGUCGUUGGUGCGCGCGCCGCUUCUACAGGAAGGCCAAUCUCCUGCAGCACAUUGAGCGGCACGGCAUCGGAGCUAGCCAGCUGCCCUACGCGGAAGCCCUCCUCAGUGCCUAUGGCCAAGCCAAUGGUCAGAAGAGCGUGGAGUGCAAAGUGUGCAGCUUGAGCUUCCCCAGCAUUGCUGCCCUUCGCGUCCAUCUCGAGACCACGGCGUCGGGCAGUCACCACGAGCUCUCGUCCCUGCAGAACUACUCGAUAACCAACCAAAUGGGUUUCGAGCUCCACUUGGACGAUUCAGAGACGGACGAGGAGGAGUCCAAGCCACCGGGCACGCCAGCUCUCUACACCUGUGGCAUGUGCCAGCUCCGGUGUGUGCGGAAGUACGAGCUGCAUCAGCACCAGCAGGCCAUGCACAGGCUGGAGAAGAUCCCCGACGGCUGCGAUCAGUGCAUUUUCAAGAGUGUCUCUCCCGAUCUUAUCGCGCAUCACAAGCGAGUGCAGUGCCACAACCGGGAGAAGCAGUUCACCUGCGCCAAAUGCGGCUACAAGUUCAUGUGGGAGUCCAAUCUCCUGCUGCACAUGCAGCUGCAGCACGGGAAGACCGAAGAACAGGAAGAUCCACCCCUGGAUGAGCCCGCAGAGCAGAAAGCUGUGUGUCCAAUCUUUCAGUGCGGCCUCUGCCCGAGGAAAUACAAUCGCAAGGACCGGCUGACGGCCCAUGUGAAGAAGUUCCACAACCCAGUGGGAGGGACUCCGAGCGCCGUACGGGCUCCCAUCCGGCCAACGUCGCCCAAGGAGCCGAAACGCUUCCUUUGCGCCUUCUGUGGCAAGGCUGUGAGCUCCUCCUCCAACCUCAUCAUCCACAUGCGUCGGCACACGGGCGAGAAGCCUUUCAAGUGCGACUACUGCGAAAUGGCCUUUCCGCGCUCCUCCGAUCUCCAGUGCCAUCGCCGGACGCACACCGGAGAGCGGCCCCAUAUCUGCACCGUCUGCCAGAAGGGCUUCGCCAGAUCCUACAAACUGCAGCAGCACAUGCGCAUCCACAAUGGCGAGCGGCCCUACAAGUGCACCUACUGCGACAAGAGCUUCACCCAGUCAAACGACCUGACGCUCCACAUUCGGCGCCACACGGGCGAGCGUCCCUAUCAGUGCGGGGUCUGUGGCGAGCGUUUUAUCCAGGGCACGGCCCUGAAGAAUCAUCGCCUGCAGCAGGGCCACUAUGACGAGGCCAGCCAAGGAGCUGCAGAGUCCUCAAGGCGCACGGUCCUAGAGCAAUUUACGGUAUAGAAAACAAGGAUGAAUAAAAAUGACACCCAAUUGUAA